UUUUUUUCUUUCCUCCUACUCAACUGUCGAAUCCUAGGAGAAAUCUGGGUCGACCUUAAGUGUAGGUACCCUAUCCUUUUCAGAUUAUUGUUUUGUCAGCAUGGACUCGGUUAGUUUGACAGCGGAGGAAGAUGAGGUGAUCAUGGUUCGGUCGAAGCACCGUGAAGAGUGGUCCCUCAGUUUGCUAGGAAGGUUUCACAAGACCGAAUCCAUCAACUUUAGAGCUGCGGAAAACCAUCUACACUCUGCAUGGAAGAUGGAGGGGAACGAUCUAACAAUUACAGAUGCUGGGGACGGACUGUUUCGGUUUAAAUUCUCGAUGGAAUGCCAAUUGAAGUGGGUUAUUAACAAUGGUCCUUGGAGUUUCGAUAAUCAUAUCCUAUUACUGCGAAGGUGGGAGAAAGGAAUGACGGCCUUUUCGGUUAACUUCCAAACUGUUCCGAUGUGGGUGCAAGUGUGGGAACUACCCUUAGAUCUGAUAAACCAGGAAGCAGGGUCAGAGUUGACGUGCCCUUUGACAAGCCGAUACGCCGGGGAGCCCAAGUAGGGAAUCAGGAAGGUGAUACGGUUAGGGUGGUUUUCAAGUAGGGAAUCUGUGCUUCCAUUGUGGCCUCCUUGGUCAUGAGGCAAAAGCAUGCAAGACCACGAAACUGAAGGUGGGGGAGCAGAGUCCUUAUGGCGAAUGGAUGCGAGCGACGGAGGAUGUGACACAAUCUCUGGGGGUGCUUUCACAGACCAGCAACUCUCUGGUGGCACAAUCUCUCCGAGAUGGAGACCCCAACGCCAACAACGAAGAGAGGGAAGAAGCGCUCUUCUUCUUAGAGAGCCACAACUUCCACCUCGACUCCGCCGUCUCCACUUUUUUCGACAUCGACGGUGCAAUAAUUGAGGAAGGAAUUCGUGCCGUCAAGACAAUAAUUGAGGAACGAUUUCCGGAGAUUAUGGAGGUUGUUGAAUACCUGGAACUUAAUGCAACUCCUGCCCUCCAAAAUUAUAGGCGUGGGAAAUCCUUCUCUGCAUCAGAGUUGAUCAAAUGGCUUAAGCAGAAAUUGGAUUGUUUUGAUCCAAAACUAUUGCCAUCUCAGGGAUACAGAAGGCUUUGUGAUGCAUUUCGAUUGCUGCUAACAGUUCUCAAGACUCUAGUGGCUUCUCUAGCAUCUGGUAAAGCUGAUUUGGAUGCGAUUUUGAGGAACAAGUUUGUUCAAGAGUUUCAAAGGAUACCCUAUGCAGGCUUGGCUAUACGUAUAUUGAUGUGGAUUUGGGAUGGCGCAAAAGCAAAAUUUGAGCUCGCUGCGAAAUUUCUGUCUCUAAUGAAGGGGCUAUUUCAGCAGAUGGAGGAAAAAAUUAGAUCAUUAUUCCCUCUCUCUUUUGUGAUGACCUGAUUGAGGCUGUGGCUCAAGCCCUACCUGCUCGAAUCACCAUAGCAUAAGCAGAAGAAUGCAAGAAUAAACCUCAUUAUUUGAUCAACAGUGGGGCACCAUUAGUUGAUGAGUACCUAUUAAAUUUCAGCAUUUUCCCCCCUGUAUUCUAUAUGUUGCAAAACGGUUAUGUUUCCAAAUAUUUGAACUCCUACAUUUGUUUCAUAAAUAAAAUCCUGAAGGUCUUGAAGGAAAACUCACAUACUUCCAGUCUCCUAUAAUGGAUAUUAUCGACCACGUUUGCCAAGUUA